AUGAACAGCCAAGGGCCAGCCCGGAAAGCAGGGACACUCCUGCUGCUCCUGAUGUCUAACCUGCUGUUCUGCCAAAACGUGCACCCUCUGCCAAUCUGUCCCAACGAGAAUUGCCAGAUGUCCCUCCAGGAGCUGUUUGACCGGGUGAUCAUGCUUUCUCGCUACGUCUAUAAGCUGUCUACAGAUAUGUUCAUUGAAAUUGAUAAACAGUAUGCUCAUGACCAUGAGUUUAUUGCCAAGGCCAUCAAUGACUGCCCCACUUCUUCCCUGGCUACCCCUGAAGACAAGGAACAAGCCCAGCAGGUCCCUCCGGAAGUCCUUCUGAACCUGAUACUCAGUUUGGUGCACUCCUGGAAUGACCCUCUGUUUCAACUAAUAAGUGAAGUAGAUGGUAUUCAUGAAGCCCCUGAUGCUCUCAUAUCAAGAGCCAAAGAGAUUGAGACACAAAACAAGCGUCUUCUAGAGGGAAUUGAGAAGAUACUUGGCCAGGCCUAUCCUGAAGCCAAAGGAAAUGCGAUCUACUCUGUUUGGUCACAACUUCCAUCCCUGCAGGGAGUUGAUGAAGAAUCCAGAGACUUGGCUCUUUAUAACAAGAUUCGCUGCCUGCGCAGGGAUUCCCACAAGGUUGACAAUUAUCUCAAGCUCCUAAGAUGCAGACUUGUCCAUAACAACAACUGCUAA